GAGCCACAAACCUUCAAUCGUUUGUUUGACGAAACCAUUAGCCAUGGCUCAUGUUGUGCUAGUCGCUCUCAUUCUCUACAGUGCGCUGGAGAGGGGGGACGCGACAUUGGACACCAUGGGUAGUGGAACUAGUGGAGAAGGGGCUAGUCGAUCCUUUACCGUGGAAGGAAGUGCUUUCGCAGCAACUGCUCCGCCCACACUUUCCCGCAAGUACUAGCACUUCUUACCAAGUUGAGAAUGCAUCCGAUCCAAGUCUGAUUUAGCUGAGCCCUUAAUUUGUUAUCCCCUUCAGAAGAAGAUGGUUUCGAACGAGUGCCUAUCCAGUAAAGUGGAGCGGGAAGGGAGAAGAACCUCCAAUUACCUCUGGAAAAAAUGGUUUUGAAGCCAGUGCAUACCCGGUGAAAUGGAGCGGCAAGGGUUAUUUCGCUCCCCCUCAAGAAGAUGGUUUUCGAACGAGUGCCUAUCCAGUAAAAUGGAGCGGGAAGGGAGAAGAACCUCCAAUUACAUCUGGAAAAAAUGGUUUUGGAGCCAGUGCAUACCCGGUGAAAUGGAGCGGCAAGGGUUAUUUCGCUCCCCCUCGUACGGGAGAAUUUGCCCUAUAUAUACAACAGAAAAUGCCUUUUCAAUGAGUUCUUACCCAACGAGACGACACCGAUGGGAUGGGCCUCCAUCAGGGACACCUCCUUCAGAUGUUCCUAACUCACCAGCAAGUCACCAUCACAUGAGAGUUCAAACCGGCAUGCUUUUCUUGAAGAGGAGUCUGCACGUUGGGGUUAUACUUCCGGAAGGCACCAUGUUUGCAGGAGCUCAUGUGCCAAAGUCUGAGAAUUCUUUCUCUACUCCCUUGGAGUUAAAGUAUUUGGGCACCAUCCUUUCUAUUUUCAAAAUACAGCACAACUCAGUUAAAGCAAAACAGAUAGCUAACACCUUUCGCUCAUGCGGUGGGCCGGGUGACAAAGGCGAAACGCACAAGUGCUUCUUAUCGCGCUCGGAAAUGGCAACGUUCGCCAGCGAAGCACUCGGAAUCAGCCACCCACGAGCAGCGAUUACAAUCAUCCAUGGGGAAGAAAACCCGAGCUCCAGGUACGUCGUGGCAGCUAUCUCCCAGAUGGGCAGCGAUGUGGUGGCAUGUCAUCUCAUGCCAUUUCCUUACGAGCUGUUCUAUUGCCACCGGCCAAGAAAUGUACUGUCCUUGAGGGUGCAGCUCAAAGGCGCAGAUAGUACUAUGGUGGGCGUGACAGCCAUAGUGAUGUGCCACAUGGACACGUCUAACUGGGACAAAGAGUACUUUGAUCUGCUGGGUGGAGAGCUCGCUGAACCUAUAUGCCACUACAUGCCGGACAACUAUGUUAUGUUCUAUUAGAUGCAGCAUUGUGUAAUAAAUCACUAUCAGAUUCUGGAACCCUCACGCUGCUACAACACAAUCUGGUAGUGCAUGCCAUGCUAAUAUAUAUACGUAUGUUGUGAUGAGAUGCAUCGUGAUGAGAUGUAUCGUGAUGCAAAAUUAUCUAUCCUUAUAUAUAAUAAUUAAAUUAAUUAA